GACAAUGAAACUGACGAUGAACAGCAUCAGCAUCACCGUCGCUCCCGAAGCGUGCGACAACCUCACCAACUUCGUCGGCCACACUCUCGGCCUCGAUCUCAAGUUGAACCCGCGACCCCGCGACAACCUCAGCGACUUCAGCGAGAUCGAUCUGUACGAGAACGUCACGUGUCUGGAACACGCGCCUAAGCUGACCGAUUCGGUUUACUUCAAGGUCAUCGUAUUGGCAGUCAUGUCGGUGCUGAGUCUGGCCUGCAACCUGGCGACCAUUUACUCGAUCAGGAAGAACCGCCGGAAGCAACGGGUAUGUUCGACGAUCUACACUCUGCUCCUGCAUCUGUCGGUAGCUGAUCUGCUGGUCACCGUCUUCUGCAUGGCCGGCGAUGCGAUCUGGAGCUACAACGUCGCCUGGCUGUGGGGCAACGUCGCGUGCAAGCUCUUCAAGUUCCUGCAGAUGUUCAGCCUGUACCUGAGCACUUUCGUCCUGGUGCUGAUCGGCGUCGACCGGUUCGUCGCAGUGCGCUAUCCCAUGAAGGGUCUCAGCAAGAAUCAGAGGUGCUCGCGAUUCGUCCUCUUCGUCUGGAUAUUGUCCUUCGUGCUCGCCACUCCACAGAUCGCAAUAUUUCACGUUGCCGAGGGACCAUUCGUCGAAGUGUUUACACAGUGCGUGACUCAUGGCUUUUACACCGAGGCCUGGCAGGAGCAGCUGUACGCCAGUUUCAGCCUAUUCUUCAUGUUCCUGCUGCCACUAGCAAUUUUAAUUACCACAUACGUGUCCACAGUGAUCACUCUCUCCCGUAAGUGCUUCUACGUCGUCUCCGUGAGACGAAGUCAAAGGACGUUCAAAGGAGAGCCAGAGAGGAACGGUAUUUUGUAUACUAGAAGCAGCGACCUGAAUAGGAGAAGACUGAUGCACCGGGCGAAGACGAAGUCGUUGCGUAUCAGCGUCGUCAUCGUUGCGGCGUUUCUGAUUUGGUGGACACCGUACUACACGAUGAUGAUUAUCUUUCUGUUUCUCAAUCCUGACAAACACUUCAGCGAUGAUUUGCAAAGCGGGAUAUUUUUCUUCGGCAUGAGCAACAGCUUGGUGAAUCCCUUGAUAUAUGGUGCGUUUCACCUUUGGCCGCAGAAACAACGGAAGGACUCUUAUCACAGAUCUGAACAGGUGAUGAUGCAGCAGCGAAACAGCAUGAAGAAGGCACGUGAUACACAAACGUCGCUCCUUUCGCACCAAGAUAGUGGUAAUAAAGUGAACGCGCAGCAACGCCAAAUAUAACAUUUUCCUGAACUAGAUUACAUUGCAUCGUCAUUUUAUGCAAGAGAAGUGUGUGCUGUACAGCAAGGGACGAUAAUAUAGACUACGAAAUGAAAGACGUAAAGAAGCAUUAUUCCGUCGCAUCUUUCAUAUCGAAUAUUGUUAAUAAACGAUUUAUACGAGUAAAGAUCACGUUUCCUCCGCAAAGAAUCUUAAAUUCUGGAAAAACAAAUUUAUUCUUUAAAUUAAAAAAAAAAAAGAAAGUAUUCAAACGGGGAAAAUGAUUUUAAUUGAGUAAAAGGAGAAACUACUAUAUUUGAGAAAUAUUUUACAAUAUUGUUAUUUAAAGUUGUUUCUUCUACAAAAAUAAUGACAUACAUUGUGUAAAAAUUGCUUCAACUAGGUGAAGAAAAAUUAUAUGUAUAAAAAGUAUUUAUCAAAAAGAUACUCAUAGAUAUUUAAGUAGAAUAUAGUAGUUUUUAAAAAUAGAUAUUAAGAUUGUAAUAUAAAUAUAUAAAUAUUACCAAAUAAUUGGUAUGCAAUUGCUCGUUCGCAACGAGAGAUGACAUUUUAGUAAAAAUAAUUUUAUAAAAAGUCAAUUUAUAUUUUUGACUUUUGUUAUUGUUAUAUCGGUCUUUUUCGUCGAUACCGAUAUAAUAACGUGUGGAAUAUUAGAUAUCUUUUUGUUAUAAAAUAAUGAAAAAUCAUUUUCAAUAUUUAUUUCUUUGAUUGAUUGUACGAUCAUCGUUCACACAUUUCACGCAUUGUCAGUCUUAAAUUUUCUCAAAAUUUUCCCCGAGCGACGUCAUCUUGCAAUAUUCCUUAUAUACAAUUAAAAUGUAUUCGAAAACAAUAUGAAUUGCAAUCAUAUAAUAUCAAACGUUAGUAUGUAAGAAUCUGACUAAAUUUAUUAUUACAUACUCAUUUAACGCUCAUUACAUGUAAUCACUUUAUAAUUGUUCAGAUACUUCUCUUAAGUAGAUAUUUAUCUGAAACGUGUGUUCUCAUUUCUCGCGAGAUAUGGGACAGAAGCAAUUUUGCGUGUGAUGAAAAGUAUUUAUAAAAAAAAAUUUAUUCAUGCUUUUACAUGGCUCGAACAUUUUUAGAUUCUAUAAAUACGCAUAUAUAUAUAUAUAUAUAUAUAUAUAUAUAUAUAUAUAUAUAUAUAUAUCUAAGGAGUAUAUACAUUAUAUUAAAUAAAGCUAUCUCUCGAUAAUGUACUAUUCUGCGAAUACAUGAGCAUCUCCGAUUUUUCCGAUAGAAUCGCGUUAGAAUACAAAGAUGUGCCGCGAUUCGCCAUUUACAAUUACAAUCUGUCUACACGAUCUCGCAUGGUAUCGUAUAAACUGUCAAACAAAGAGAACUCGCUACGUUCUGCGUUUACUCGAAUUCGCGAUCUUGCAGGGAUAUGUCACUGGCCUACCGUCGAACGCGCUCGGCGCAAUUACAAUGAUUUCAUGUUGCAUCGCAAUUCCAACGUGAAACUUGCAAAAUUGUAAUAUAAUUAUACUUAGAAUUAUAAAUGUAAUUAUAUUAUUAUUUGUUAAUGUUAAUUAUAAUUAUUAUUCAUUAAUAUCGAUAAAUAGCUCGAAGAGCGUAAUCGACAUGAUACAUAGCGCGAAUGUCAUUUCGAAAGAAGCAAUGACAAAGCUAUUAUCUGCGUUACCGUUCGAUAAUUGAUUCGCGAACGUGUGCGCGGCACCAGUGAAGCAACAUAUCCAUUCGCAAAGAGAAUUGAAUAAAUUAUGCGUACUUUCCCUAAAUGAUCGCGUUUUUAGUAAAUCAGCAACGGAGCCUCACAUACGCUAAAGAAUAAAUUACUAUUUAAUUAA